AUGGACGAAAAAACAAUACGAAGUGAGACGGGACCUUUGGGUGAAUUGGCGAAAACUUAUACGGUGCGAGUGGCGAGAAGCUCGUAUGAAGAAGGGCAAGAAGAAGUAGAGGGCACGAAAGUGGGUGCUGAAGGAGGGUUAGAUCCGAAGAAAACGAUACAGAAACGGACGAGAAGCAAAGGAAGGAAACGACGAAGUAAUGUGAACGAUGAAACUGAUGAUAGGUCGAAGACGUGA